GAGGAAAAGCAGAAUUAAUGAGUAGAAGAGGUGCUGAGAUGGUGAAAACGGGACGGAUUUCCAUCUCCAAUUUGAAAGUUUGUUUAGAGCCGGAAAGAAACUUCCCGAGAAGUUCAACUACCUGAGGACAAACAGAGAGAGAGAGAGAGAGAGAGAGAGAGAGAGAGAGAAAGACAGACAGACAGAGAGAGAGAGAGAGAGAGAGAGAGAGAGAGAGAGAGACCCGGUGCAUAAUAAAUCCGUAUCAUCAUCCAACCAGCAGCGGCACCGACUGACACUCGGCUCUGACUCCAUCCACUAACCAAACUUCUGCAAACUUUGAAACUUUAAGUUUUUCUGUACAACUAUGAGUUUUCUAAUUUAACAAAAGAUGAAGAGGAAGCGUUAAUAUUGUUCUAAAGUGGCUUAUUUUUGCAGCCUGUGUGGACAUGCUGUCUCUGUCAGCUCUUCUCGGCCUCAAACUGCGCUCGGAUGUCUCUUCAUUCUGACAAACUGGAGUAGAAACAAACAAACAAGCAAACAAACAAACAACAAAACAAUUUACGCCUUCACAAACCUGCGAUCAAGUAAAUCAUAAGCCAUGACUUCCUCCACUCCUCCCUCCUCUCGUAGUCCUUCUCCCCAAAAGGUGUGCCAUUCCCAGACUCAGACGGAUGUCCUGAAGCCGCUGCUGGGCGGAGGUGGUGGAGGUGUGGCAGGAGGUGGAGCUGCAGCAUUGAGGAGGCGUCGGCGUGUCUUGUCUAAGGAUGGCCGAAGCAAUGUGCGCAUUGAGCAUGUCAGUGGCCGUGGCGCUCUCUACCUGCGUGACCUGUGGACCACCUUUCUGGACAUGCAGUGGCGCUACAAGCUUUUCCUAUUCUCCGCCACUUUUGCUGGGACCUGGUUUGCUUUCGGUGUGCUGUGGUACCUGGUGGCGCUGGUGCACGGAGACCUGCUGGAGUUUGACCCGCCAUCCAACCAUACCCCCUGCGUGAUGCAGGUCCAGACGCUGACUGGUGCCUUCCUCUUCUCUCUGGAAUCACAGACUACAAUUGGCUACGGCUUCCGGUGCAUCACAGAGGAAUGUCCAGUCGCCAUCAUCCUUCUCAUAGUGCAGCUAGUUAUCACAAUGGUGAUGGAGAUCUUCAUCACAGGGACCUUUCUUGCCAAGGUGGCUCGGCCGAAAAAGCGUGGUGAAACAGUAAAGUUCAGUCAGCAUGCAGUCGUGGCCAAUCAUGAGGGCCAACCAUGCCUUAUGAUCCGUGUAGCCAACAUGCGCAAGAGCCUGCUGCUGGGCUGUCAAGUAACUGGUAAGCUGCUGCAGACGUCUCUGACUAAAGAGGGUGAGACAGUCCGGCUAGACCAGAGGAAUGUGGCCUUCCAGGUGGACACGUCCAGUGACAGUCCCUUCCUCAUCCUCCCUCUCACCUUCUACCAUAUCAUUGAUGACAGCAGCCCGCUCCGCCCUUGGGCUGCCAAGGGUGGAGGUUGGGCAGACCCAGAAAUGGCAGAUUUUGAACUGCUGGUAAUAAUGAGUGCCACAGUGGAGCCCACAUCAGCCACGUGCCAGGUACGAACCUCCUACCUGCCCGAUGAAAUCCUGUGGGGCUACGAAUUCCCCCCUGUCGUCUCGCUCUCCCCAUCAGGGAAAUAUGUGGCUGACUUCGCCUUCUUCGACAAGGUAGCUAAGACCAAGACCCUGCCAUGCUUUACGCAAACCUCCCCUUCUAGCCCAGGCUCAGACAGUGGGCGAAGAGGAGGAGGAGGAAAGGAUCCGGAGAAGAUGAGGCUGGAGGAGAGCUACAGGGAGGAGAAGGGGCGUGAUAGAGGGAGGAUACGAGAUAGCAGCCCACUUAGCGUCCGCAUUAGUAAUGUUUAGAGAGAGAGAGAGAAAGAGAGACAGACAGACAGACAGACAGACUUGUUGAGAGAAAGAGAAUCAGACUAACCAUAAGCUACUAGAAGCAGAGGAAUCUAAGAAGUUCACAAUAAAUCCUCUUCAGAAGACACAUUUUUCAAAUAUACACAUACACUGGGACUGCUACGUGUGAACAAUGGUAUCACCAUCUUGUGGCUAAAAUUAAUAGUCUCACCUGAACACUGGCCUUGUUUCAAUAAUGUUUGAUUUUCUUUAUUGUACUUUCAUUUUUAUGGCUUGGACUAUGACAAGAUUAUAAAAAAAAAUCAAAAGGCCAAAAUAUGCAAAAACUGAUUUAAAAUAGUCAUUAGAUAAUGAAGCACUGUACUGAAGGAUCAGGGGUUCUAUGUCCUGGGACUUGUCUUUGUAUUCCAUAUUGAUGGACUGAACUGGAAUGAUGUUAUUAUUUUGCAUGUGUAUAUAUUUGUACCUAACAAUGCCAGUUUGAGUACUCAUUUGAGUAUAGAUCUUUUUUUUUUGAGUAUAGGUUUUUUCUAGUCACUGGAGCAAACAUAUUGAUGCAGUAUGUUAACAAUACUAAAAGCACUUUAACUCUGUAAGAAGAUUUCUCUAGUUUCUGUUUUGAAAGCACAACUAACUAGUGAAUAUCGGAUGGUGAAUAACUGUCCUGUCAUUUCAAGCAUGUGUGGGUGUUUCUGUGAAUCUGUAGCAUGCCUGCUUGGCUUGCUGUAAGGUGUAGGGAAAUGGAGGGCGUAUUUUGAACAAAAUAUUUUUAGAAAUGUACAAAAUUUCUAGACCUACAUAGAUAUUAUUAUUAUUAUUAUUAUUAUUAUUAUUAUUAUCAUUAUUAUUAUUAUUAUUAUUAUUAUUAUGUGAGACAUGGAUGUGUUUUCUUCGGUAUUAAAAACAAAUGUGGUCUGUCCUACUUGUGGGAAGAAAAAUAUUUUUAUUUUAAUAUAUGUGAUAGAGCUCAGUUUUAAAAACUGGGAAAUUAUCACUUUAACGUCUAAUGCCUUUAAAUGACCAUUUUUAAUAAAUGAUAUGUCCAGAAGCAGUAACAGGCUCUGACUGCUA